UAAUUCAGAACAUUCUACAGCUUAGUCUCAAGCAUUUGGUACUUCAAAAUGCAAAUUACAAUUAUAGUUGUUUUAUUUUCAUUGAAGGCAAGGAUGCCCUGAAGUAUGGUACAUUGGCAAGACCGAACAGAGGCUACAGCAAUGGAUGAAUGGACACCGCACAACAAUCAAAAGACAAGGGUGUUCCCUCCCAGUUGGAGAACACUUCAGCAGUCCAGGACAUUCGACCCUCGGACCUUUGGAGAAAAACCAUGAAGCUUGUGAUAGUCAUCAGCAGUUCUCGGUCAAGUUGUGGGACAGAGCUUACAGACGGAGAUCCUGGUGAAACUCUGUGCAGCUCAGUGAGGAAUUUUCAACCUGAACACUUGAAGCAUCUGGCUGUUUCUUAAUUUGUUCCCAGUUGCCCUGCUGCAGGAAGUUGACGAAAUAAACGCCCUGAAUAAAUAGCUACUGCUCAGACUGUAAAAAUCAUUCCUGAUGAAGGGCUCAUGCCCGAAACGUCGAUUCUCCUGCUCCUCGGAUGCUGCCUUCUCCAGCAUCUGCAGUCCUCACUUUCUUCGACAUAAAGGCAAUGGCUAACACUGAGACUCCCAGUUUGCCGGCCGGCCAGCGCUCCCGCUGCGGCGACUGGUGGCAGCGGCUUCUGCUGCAGGAGGGGGAAGCAAUGAGUGGCUCCAGGAAAUACAUCUCCAUCAGCGUGCCCGAUAAACCCGACUCCAUGUCCCCGCAUAUCAAGUCGGCGGAGGAGCUGCGGGUGAUCGGCUUAAACCUGAGCGACUUCUCCAGGACCGUGCAGUUCCUCAUCUGUGUGUCCGGAGUCUUCAUCUUCUAUCUCAUCUAUGGAUACCUGCAGGAGCUCAUCUUCUCUGUGGAAGGCUUCAAACCAUUCGGAUGGUACCUCACUCUGGUACAGUUUGCUUUCUACUCCACCUUCGGCCUGAUCGAACAGCAGCUCACGCAGGACAAGAGGAGGAGAAUCCCCUGGAAAACGUAUAUGCUUAUAGCAUUUCUUACAGUGGCCACUAUGGGCUUGUCAAACACCUCACUUGGUUAUCUGAAUUAUCCAACUCAAGUAAUCUUCAAAUGCUGCAAGCUGAUUCCUGUUAUGAUAGGAGGAAUCUUCAUUCAAGGGAAACGUUAUAAUAUUAUAGAUGUGUCAGCUGCACUUUGUAUGAGUCUUGGUCUGAUUUGGUUCACUUUGGCUGAUAGCAAAGUGGCGCCUAAUUUCAAUCUGACAGGCAUAGCGUUUAUUUCAAUGGCACUUUGUGCUGACGCAGUUAUUGGAAAUGUACAAGAGAAAGCAAUGAAAUUACAUAAUGGUUCAAAUUCAGAAAUGGUUUUAUAUUCCUACUCUAUAGGCUUUCUAUAUAUAUUAACGGGUUUGUUUUGCACCCGAGGACUGGGCCCUGCUUUUGUCUUUUGUUCAAGGCAUCCUAUGCAGACAUAUGGUUAUGCCUUUAUGUUUUCCUUGACUGGAUAUUUUGGAAUUUCCUUUGUACUAGCUUUGAUAAAACUCUUUGGAGCACUUGUUGCUGUAACAGUAACUACUGGAAGAAAAGCAAUGACAAUUGGUCUAUCAUUUUUCUUCUUUGCAAAGCCUUUUACUUUUCACUAUUUAUGGUCAGGUCUUGUGGUCCUCCUUGGUAUCUUUCUAAAUAUAUACAGCAAAAAUAGGGACAAAAUUAAGCUGCCAUCACCGCUUGAUCUUUGGAAAGUAAUCAAGAAAAAACAAAUUACAUCAAUGUCUCAGACUGUGUAGAAUCCAUUGUAACAUGCAUUAUUUGAAUUUGAUCACACCAUGCAGUUAUUUAUUGACUGCAUCCGGACAUUCUGCAGCAGUGGACACAUGAUGCACAUGUGACUGAUUAUUUUUGCUAAAAAGCAAAUUUGAUCAGUGAAGAUUGGAAAAACUCUGAAUAGAGCGAUGUUGUAAAAGGUAACAAUGCAAUUCAUGGUCAAUGUUGUCUGUAAAUAUCACAGAUUGUUUACUAAUAAUGUAUAUAAAAUUCCUGAUUUAUGAACUUUGCCACUGAAACUUUUGCCUGGGUUUUUAUUGCUUUGUAAAUGAAUCAGACAUAUUCUGCAUUUUUCUUUUCAGUGGUAAUUACUAAUGGGGCCAAAUGUUUUUUUAAAACAUGUUGUGCAUACUUGUACAGUUUGACAAAUAAUUGUGUGGUACAGUAGUAUUUAAAGUGGUUAUUUAUCAUGAUUGUACAAUUAAAUAUACCUCUCAAGUACAUGUUGAUGCAUCUUAAUUGUACUGAGUUCCAAAAUUAAUGCACAACAGUUGGAAAAUGUGUAUUAAACAUUGUGGUUAUGAAGUUUUCAUUGGAGAGUGACCCUAAAUAGGCAAAUAUUUCUUUAUUGUUCUUAAUUUAUUUGAGUGCAAAAAAAAGUGCCAUGUUAAGACAUGUUUACUGUGUUUUGUCAAAAUAUUAUCUCGUGCACAGCACCUCCAGUGGAAUGUACUGUUCAUCUUUUUAUGAAGAACCUUUAGAGUCAUGGACCAGAGAAGUUCCAGUGAGCUUAUUACAAAAUUAAUUUUGUGUUGUGACCUUUCCAUUAUUCUCUUUUUGCACAAUACCUUUUUCAUCCUUUUUUAUAGUUUUUAAGAGAGAAUGAUAAAAUGUAUUUUAACAUGUUCAAGUUACAUGUCUUUUAAUAUGGAAAGAAAAAUGAAGCUGAGUAAAGCAUAUUGCUAAAUCUUUGAA